GAUGCGUGGGCUGGACAAUAUCGCCAUACUCACGGAAACCAUCUGGGAGGAAGACACGUAGAUCGCGGCGUCGUUCCGGAGAUCAUCUUAUCGCGCAAAAUAUCUUUAGUCCCACAGUAUUCUCCGACGUGACAGCCAUAUAUAUCGAUUCGAUAUAUUGUAUACUCAUGCCCCAUUAUGAUAUUAAAUAAAGAUUGAGCAUUCUGGUUUU